AUGGCCCCAGAAGAAAAGAAAGGGGGCAACGCACACAAAAUGACAAAAAGCAUGCCUUUUUUGAAGUGCACGAUGGAUUGUUCCAUAAUUGAUGUGGGUUUUAUUGGUUCCACUUUCACAUGGUGUAAUGGAAGAAUUCUUGAAAAUAGGGUCUGGGAACGGCUAGACAGAGUUCUCAUUAAUACUGAAUGGUCACAGAAAUUCGCAGAUACUUCAAUGAUACAUCUUGUUAGAAUAGGCUCUGAUCACUCUUCAUUAUUGAUCAUAGUUGCAGUACCACAACAAACAACACAGAGAUACUUUAAAUUUUUGUACUUCUGGAUUCAAGAGCCUGGAGUCAAUGAUAUUUUAAAGCAGGCAUGGGCAGAAAAAGUCAAUGGUUCACCUUUGUGGUAG